UAGUAUUUAAACGCUAUGGUGCGCCUAACGUUCUGCGUGUACGGUAUUAUCAUUAUGUUAAGCAACAUUCAUUGCAGUCGCAGAUUUCUCAAUAUAAAUUAUGAGCCUUAUGAAAAUCAUACAUUAAUACUACUGACGCCUAAUGAUGAGUAUCAACUCAAUGACCUAAAGAGGCUAGGCGAAAUAGAUCAAGAAUUAGAUAUAUUAAAACACAGUGCUGGAGUAUUAAACAGUUUGGAAGUACUUGUGCCGCCAAAUAAGUUGAACUUUCUCCAAGAAUUCGCUCGGAAACGAAGAUUGCAAACUAAUGUCAAAGCAAAUAAUUACGGAAGAUAUAAGGAUGUAAAUAUUGCUAACAAAAGCGCAAAGUUUUUGUCAACUAAACUGAUUUACCAUUAUAACAGUUAUCAAACUAUUCGUCAGCUUUGUAAAAACACCGCGCAAAAGUAUCCACAAUUAAUGCAAUUAGAAUUUUUGGGAAAAUCUUUUGAAGGAAGAUACUUGCAACUAGUAAAAAUUUCAAAGAAUCCCGAGGCAAAUAAUCCCGUUAUAUUUAUUGAUGCAGGUAUUCACGCUAGGGAGUGGGUUUCUCCUGCCACUGCUUUGUAUUUUAUUCAUAUGCUCCUGGACCGAACGAAUGCUGCUGAUCUUGACAAUGUUGACUAUUAUAUAUUACCGCUAGUAAAUCCUGACGGAUAUGAAUUUUCUCGAACUAAAAAACGAAUGUGGAGAAAAACGAGGUCAAAGAGAAAAGGUAGCAAAUGUACUGGAGUUGAUGGUAACAGAAACUAUGGUUACAAAUGGGCUACAAUAAAUGCAGUGACAAAUCCUUGUAACUUCGCCACAUACGUCGGCCCAAGUGCUUUCUCCGAAGCCGAGACAACAAUUGUUCGUAAGGUGAUGACGACAUACCUUGAUAGAAUAAAAUUAUAUCUAACAUUACAUUGUUACGGACAAUUGAUUUUAUACCCAUGGGGUUGGGAUAAAGCGGAAAAGCCUGAAAAUAUCGAACGCGUUCAUGCCUUGGGUGUGAAGGCAGCAGCAGCAAUGGUAAAGGCCGGAUCACAACCAUUUAAGGUCAUGUCUGCGUCUGAAUUGUAUUUGACUACUGGAUCUAGUACCGACUACGCUUACCAUAUAGGUAUUCCUUAUUCGUACGCUAUAGAGCUGACUGACGGAUAUGAGUUUGAUUUUCCGGAAUCUAUGCUUCAUUCUACGUUACCGCCGUUUUACAAAAGCUUACAGACGUUUGCCGAACAAAUAAGAGAAGAGUAUAGAAAUACUUCUAUAUUACAGAAAUGAAAUUAAUCUGUUUAUACUUAAGCUGUUUGUUUUUUCUUUAUAAGAGAAUAAAAAAUUGUGAACAAAAUCAAAGUAAAUUAAGCAAUGAAAGCCAUAUUUUGGUGAACGUUGUUUUGCAAUAUUACUUACCUAUUCAAAGCAUGAUAAUAUCACAGGCUAUUUUAAAAGAACCAUUUUCUAAAUUUUAAUUGAAAUUAAAGUUUA